GAGAAGACUGCAGGGAUGUUGAAAUUCUUGAAUCGAGUGGUGGGUGGAUCUGGGAGUGGACCCAAGGAUCUGCCUUACAACAUCGGCGAGCCCUAUCCCUCCGCCUGGGGCUCUUGGUCUCACUGCAGGGGCACCUCCAAGGACGACGGGUCUCAGGUCUCCAUAUUCUCCAUAACUGGAAGUAAUGCUCAGGAUGGCCAUUUGGCCGCUGCCCGCAACGGUGUCAAGCGUCUCCGCACUGUCAGACAUCCCAACAUCUUAUCAUUUCUCCACAGUACUGAAAUCGAAACCAUGGAUGCCUCUACCACCAAGCACACUAUCUACAUUGUCACCGAGCCUGUUAUGCCUCUCUCCGAGAAGAUCAAGGAACUCAGUUUACAAAACAUCCAAAGGGAUGAAUACUACGCGUGGGGCCUGCAUCAGAUUGCUAAAGCUGUUAGUUUCUUAAAUAAUGAUUGUAAACUGGUCCAUGCCAAUGUUUGUGUGGCCAGUGUGGUUGUAACUCAAACAUUGGACUGGAAGCUACAUGCGUUUGAUGUUCUAUCCGAGUUUGAUGGCAGCAACGAGGCUGCUACUGGACCAAUGCUGCAAUAUGCCUGGCUUGUUGGAUCACAAUACAAACCAGUGGAGUUGUUGAAGUCUGAUUGGGUGGCAGUCAGAAAGUCUCCUCCAUGGGCCAUUGACUCUUGGGGCUUGGGGUGUCUUAUCUAUGAGCUCUUCUCUGGUCUGAAGUUAAGCAAAACAGAGGAGCUGCGAAACACUGCUUCUAUUCCAAAGUCUCUGCUUCCAGAUUAUCAGCGGCUCCUGAGUUCCAUGCCUUCUCGUAGGUUGAAUACGUCAAAGCUUAUUGAAAACAGCGCCUAUUUUCAAAAUAAGUUGGUGGAUACAAUACACUUCAUGGAAAUUCUAAAUUUGAAGGAUAGUGUUGAGAAAGAUACUUUCUUCCGGAAGCUUCCGAAUUUGGCAGAGCAGCUACCUCGUCAAAUUGUGCUGAAAAAGUUACUUCCUUUAUUAGCUUCUGCCCUUGAAUUUGGUUCAGCUGCUGCACCUGCUUUGACUGCAUUGUUAAAAAUGGGUUCCUGGCUUUCAACUGAAGAAUUUAGUGUGAAGGUGUUGCCAACCAUUGUGAAACUGUUUGCCUCCAAUGACCGAGCUAUUCGAGUUAGUCUUUUGCAACAUGUUGAUCAGUUUGGAGAAUCAUUAUCAGCACAAAUUGUUGAUGAACAAGUUUAUCCCCACGUUGCUACCGGUUUCUCUGAUACAUCUGCUUUUCUACGGGAACUGACUCUAAAGUCGAUGCUUGUUCUUGCUCCCAAGCUUUCUCAACGUACCAUUUCAGGGUCGUUGUUGAAGUAUCUUUCAAAGUUACAGGUAGAUGAAGAACCUGCAAUUAGAACAAACACUACUAUAUUAUUAGGGAACAUUGCAAGCCACCUGAGUGAAGGGACAAGAAAAAGAGUUCUGAUUAAUGCAUUUACUGUUCGUGCAUUACGGGAUAGUUUCUCACCUGCCCGAGGAGCAGGUAUUAUGGCUUUAUGUGCAACCAGUUCUUAUUAUGACAUCACUGAGAUCUCAACUAGGAUCCUCCCAAAUGUUGUUGUUCUUAUCAUUGAUCCUGACAAUGAUGUUCGAUCGAAGGCAUUUCAAGCAGUUGAUCAGUUUUUACAGAUAGUGAAGCAAACCUAUGAGAAGACAAAUUCCGGAGAUGCUGCUGGGGCUGCAGGUGUCGGAAUGUCAUCAAUGCCAGGAAAUGCUAGUUUACUGGGAUGGGCAAUGAGCUCCUUAACUCUGAAGGGUAAACCUGCUGAACAAGCUCCACUUGCACUUGUCAAUACCAGUACAUCUCUUACUAAAACGACUUCCAAUGACAACUUAGCGAUGGAUACUCCAACCACAGCACCUGCCCAUGUAAGUUCGACAACAGAUUUCUCAGAUCAACAUGUACCGGAGUCCCCUACGUCCACAGAUGGCUGGGGAGACCUAGAAAAUGGAAUUCAGGAAGAGCAUGAAAGUGACAAGGAUGGUUGGGAUGAUAUUGAACCCCUUGAAGAGCCAACACCAUCUCCAGCUCUUGCUAACAUCCAAGCUGCUCAGAAGCGGCCGGUCUCUCAAUCACAGCCAAAGCAAGCAGCAAGUUUGCGACCCAAAAACACGGCCAAGGUCAUCAAAGAUGAAGAUGAUGAUUUGUGGGGUUCCAUUGCCGCCCCAGCACCCAAAACAAGUUCAAAGGCUUUGAAUUUGAACACAAGUCGAGCAGUUGAUGACGAUGAUGAUCCAUGGGCUGCAAUUGCAGCUCCCCUACCUACUACCAAGGCAAAACCCUUAGCGCUUGGCAGAGGCCGAGGAGCUAAACCCGCUGCUCCAAAAUUGGGUGCACAGAGGAUAAACAGGACUUCUUCGUCUGGGGUGUAAAUUUUACAGAGGAUGAGAGAAAAGAUAUGGGUUGAGUUUUGGUGGCUGGAAUUUGGUUCAACAGGAAUUAUAUUUGAACUAUCAGACUUAUUAAUUGAUUUGUACUGAUAUUCUUUUAGUUUACUUAAGUUUUACACACAAGCCACCAUCUGGUAUGUAGCUUCAUUUGCUUGUGGUGUGAGAUUAGGUGUUACAGAUGCAGCAAACUGGCAAUCAAUUUUGUGCCUGUAAAUUUGGGAUGUAAUUCCCGCAUUCUUGUAAUUAAAAGCAUUGACCUGCAUGUAGCUUUCUUAAGAUGAAAUUUGAAUACCUCUUUUGUGCUCUUUCA